CUGGCACUUGUGGGCGCGCGGGGAGCGGAGACGGGCUGCGCGCCCUCGGGCCCGACGCGCCCCGGCGCCCAUGGCGCUGAGCAAAGGGCUGCGGCUGCUCGGGCGGCUGGACGCCUCCGGGGAGUGGAGCGUCCUGCUAGAGGCGCGCGGCCGCGGGGACUGCCUGCUCUUCGAAGCCGGCACGGUGGCCACGCUCGCUCCGGAAGAGAAGGAGGUCAUUAAAGGCCAGUAUGGAAAACUCACGGACGCUUAUGGCUGCUUGGGGGAGCUCAGGGUAAGAUCUGGCGCCGCUUCCCUGAGCUUCCUGGUUCUGGUGACAGGCUGCACGUCCGUGGGCAGAAUUCCAGAGGCCGAAAUCUACAAAAUCACCGCCACAGACUUUUACCCCCUGCAGGAGGAGGCCAGGGAGGAAGACCGCCUCACAGCCUUGAGGAAGAUCCUCAACUCAGGGGUCUUCUACUUCUCGUGGCCCAGUGAUGGGUCCAGCUUCGACCUCACCGUCCGGGCACAGAAGCAGGGCCGCGACAGCUACGAGUGGGGGAGCUCCUUCUUUUGGAACCAGCUGCUGCACGUGCCCCUGAGGCAGCACCAGGUGAGCUGCUGCGACUGGCUGCUGAAGGUCAUCUGCGGCGUGGUGUCCAUCCGCACGGUGUACGCCUCGCACAAGCAGGCCAAGGCCUGCCUCAUCUCCCGCAUCAGCUGCGAGCGCGCCGGCGCUCGCUUCCACACCCGCGGCGUGAACGACGAUGGCCAUGUGUCCAACUUCGUGGAGACUGAACAGACAAUUUACAUGGAUGACGGAGUGUCGUCUUUUGUCCAGAUCAGAGGCUCCGUUCCACUGUUUUGGGAACAGCCCGGGCUUCAGGUUGGCUCUCAUCAUCUGAGACUCAACAGAGGCCUAGAAGCCAACGCCCCUGCUUUCGACAGGCAUAUGGUGCUUCUGAAGGAGCAGUAUGGGAAGCAAGUGGUCGUAAACCUGCUAGGGAGCAGAGGUGGAGAGGAGGUGCUCAACAGAGCCUUCAAGAAGCUGCUCUGGGCCUCUUGCCACGCCGGUGACACACCUAUGAUCAACUUCGACUUCCAUCAGUUUGCCAAAGGUGGGAAGCUAGAGAAAUUGGAGAACCUGUUGAGGCCCCAGUUGAAGCUGCACUGGGAUGACUUGGACGUGUUCGCCAAGGGCGAGAAUGUAAGUCCACGUUUUCAGAAAGGCACUUUGCGGAUGAACUGCCUUGAUUGCCUGGACCGAACCAACACAGUGCAGAGCUUCAUCGCACUCGAGGUCCUUCAUCUGCAGCUCAAGAGCCUAGGGCUGAAUUCAAAGCCCAUCGCUGACCGCUUUGUGGAGUCCUUCAAAGCCAUGUGGUCUCUGAACGGGCACAGCCUGAGUAAGAUGUUCACGGGCAGCCGGGCCCUGGAAGGGAAGGCCAAGGUAGGGAAGCUGAAGGAUGGGGCCCGGUCCGUGUCUCGCACUAUCCAGUCCAACUUCUUUGAUGGGGUGAAGCAGGAGGCCAUCAAGCUGCUGCUAGUUGGGGAUGUCUACACCGAGGAGUCUGCAGACAAAGGAAGGAUGCUCCUGGAUAACACGGCCCUGCUGGUGACGCCCAGGAUCCUGAGAGCCAUGGCAGAGCGCCAGUCGGAAUUCACGCAUUUCAAGCGGAUCCGCAUUGCCACGGGGACCUGGAACGUGAACGGAGGCAAGCAGUUCAGGAGCAACCUCCUUGGCACGGCCGAGCUGGCCGACUGGCUGCUCGACUCCCCGAAGCGCGCCAGCCUCACGGGACCCCAGGAUGAGGACAGCCCAGCUGACAUAUUUGCCGUCGGGUUUGAAGAGAUGGUGGAGCUGAGCGCAGGGAAUAUCGUCAAUGCCAGUACCACCAACAGGAAGAUGUGGGGUGAGCAGCUCCAGAAAGCCAUCUCACGCUCUCAUAGGUACAUUCUGUUGACUUCGGCACAGCUGGUGGGCGUCUGUCUGUAUAUCUUUGUACGUCCAUACCAUGUCCCAUUCAUCAGGGACGUGGCCAUGGACACGGUGAAGACAGGCAUGGGGGGAAAGGCAGGGAACAAAGGGGCCGUGGGCAUCCGCUUUCAGUUCCACAGCACCAGCUUCUGCUUCGUGUGCAGCCACCUGACGGCCGGGCAGUCCCAGGUGAAGGAGAGGAACGAAGACUACAGGGAGAUCACCCAGAAGCUGAGUUUCCCGAUGGGAAGGAAUAUUUUUUCCCACGAUUAUGUGUUUUGGUGCGGCGAUUUCAACUACCGCAUCGAUCUCACUUAUGAGGAAGUCUUCUAUUUUGUCAAACGCCAAGACUGGAAGAAACUUCUGGAAUUUGAUCAGCUGCAGCUACAGAAAUCAAGUGGGAAAAUUUUUAAAGACUUUCAUGAAGGCGCCAUUAAUUUUGGACCUACCUACAAAUAUGACGUUGGCUCGGCCGCCUACGACACAAGUGACAAAUGCCGCACCCCUGCCUGGACAGACAGGGUCCUGUGGUGGAGGAAGAGGCAUUCUUUUGACAGGACAGCUGGAGAACUCAACCUUCUAGACAACUAUGUAGAUGCUGACAGCACCGUCAGACAUUCCUGGUCUCCUGGUGCCCUCCAGUAUUACGGCCGAGCUGAACUGCAAGCAUCUGAUCACAGACCUGUGCUGGCGAUCGUGGAGGUGGAGGUUCAAGAAGUCGAUGUGGGUGCUCGGGAGACGGUGUUUCGGGAAGUGUCUUCUUUCCAGGGCCCCCUGGAUGCCACCGUCGUGGUCAACCUUCAGUCACCGACCUUAGAAGAGAAAAACGAGUUUCCUGAAGAUGUGCGCACAGAACUCAUGCAGACCCUGGGCAAUUACGGGACCAUCGUUCUUGUCAGGAUCAACCAAGGGCAGAUGCUGGUGACUUUUGCAGACAGUCACUCGGCUCUCAGCGUCCUGGAUGUGGACGGUAUGAAGGUGAAAGGCAGAGCCGUGAAGAUCAGACCAAAGACCAAGGACUGGCUGAAAGGUUUGCAAGAGGAGAUCAUCCGAAAGCGGGAUAGCAUGGCCUCCAUGUCCCCCACUGCCAAUUCCUGUUUGCUGGAGGAAAACUUUGACUUUACAACUCUGGAUUAUGAGUCAGAGGGGGAUAUCCUCGAAGAUGACGAAGACUAUUUGGUGGAUGAGCUAAGUCAGCCUGUGGUCUCAGACGGUGAGAUGGGCGGGGACAGCCUCUCCGAAGCCCCCAGCUCCACAGCAGCGGUGCCUGCUAGCAAGUCACCUACGCUCACUAAAAAGAAGCAGCACUCGACCUACAAAGAUGAUGCUGAGCUGGUGGCGCUAAAGCAGGAGCUGGAAGCAGUUGGAGAUUUCCGGCACCGUUCUCCAAGCAGGUCUCUGUCGGUUCCCACUAGGCCUCGGCCACCUCACCCACCGCAGAGACCCCCCCCUCCAACUGGUUUAAUGGUGAAAAAGUCGGCGUCAGAUGUGUCCAUCUCCUCUGGCACCCACGGGCAGUACUCGAUUUUGCAGACGGCAAAACUUCUGCCGGGAGCACCCCAGCAGGCGCCCAAAGCCAGGAUGGGGAUAAGUAAACCCUACAAUGUCAAGCAGAUCAAAACUACCAAUGCUCAGGAGGCAGAAGCUGCCAUUCGAUGUCUCCUGGAAGCCAGAGGAGGUGCCCCAGGAGAUGCCCUAAAUGCCACAUCCCUGAGGGACCCAGAGCCUUCCAAACCAGAUCCCACGGCAGGGGUGGCCCCACCCCUGCCCCGGCGGUCUGCGCCCAGAGUCCCCGCCAUCAGGAAGCCAACCUUGCGGAGGACUGGAAAGCCUGAGUCACCGGAAGACCAGUUUGGGCAACAGACGGUCCACUUUAUGAUCGGGCCCCCAGAGACAAGCCUUGAAACCCCCCCUCUAGCAGCCGUUCCUCCCGUUCCCAAACCGAGAACACUUCAGCCUGGGAAGGGUACCGAGAGGAAGCCGAGCGGGGGGCCGCCGGCACCAGACGGUGGCCCUCCCGUGGCCGCCCCGCCGCCCCCGCUGGAGGUUCCACCGCCCGCGCCCCAGGCGCCCCCGAGGAGGAAGAAGUCGGCCCCCGCCGCCUUCCACCUGCAGGUGCUGCAGAGCUGCGACCGCCGGCUCCUCGCGGCCCUCCCCUGCAGCGGCAGCGACCGUCCGCCCGCACACCCACCCGCCGGGGACGCUCUCCUUCCACAAGCCGCUGGCCUCGGCGCUUCAUGCGCGGCGAGCCCCGCAGCUCCCGGCGCCGAGCAGCCCAAGUCCGAGGUGGCCUCCCUUCUUGGUGAUUUUCAGGAUCCCUUCUGGAGCCUUCUCCACCACCCGAGCCUGUUGAAGAAUGCCUGGCUCUCCAAGAGCUCCGACCCGCUGGACUCGGGGACCAGGGGCCUGGAAAGAGCGCGCACAGCCCCGCUGCAGGGCUCUGCCUCGGCUGCCCAGGGGCUGCCGCCGGGGCGCGCGCCGGAGGACUUCGAUCGCUGCCCGAGCGGCCGUGAGCAGGCCGACAGGACGGUGCUGCAGGUGUUUGACCCGCUGGCGAAAACAUGAGCAGGAAGCUUGGGCAGCCGCUCUCCUGCAGAAAGUGUGCCUUCUUCCCUCAGGCGUCCCUUCUCAGGGAAAGCCCGGAGCCUCGGCCUCCGCCUGCCCUCACCCCUGCUAAAGAGACCACUAUUUAAAGGCGCACUGAAAAAACAUUUGGACUUUCCUCACUCGUGUGUACUUCACAGAAAUUGUGUCUCUUAUUCAAUAAGAUGAUUAUUCAGCCACCAAGACCGGUUUCUUCGUCCAGACUCCUGCAUUUUAGUUUCCCCUCAGGGGUCAGAGAAACCUCUGGUUAGAUUCGAUGUGUGGGUUUGAGGACAGGGCAUCUGGCUGAUAAUGUCCAAGAAGUUCUCCUCCGGUUGGAUUUUCCGUGGUUGUUUUUUUUUCUUUGGUUGUUUUUUUGUUUUGUUUUGUUUUUUUCCGAUUCAUGUGUGUCUGUGGUGUUUUUAAAAUGUUGUUUGUGCUUUACAGAUUUGGGAUAACUUUCUGGCGAUCCACCUGAAGGGUGAUGUAUCAGCUGAAAGGUGGUUGGGACCAUUAAGAGCUGUACCUGGCCUGCUGACCCCAGGUUUAAAAAAAAAAAAAAAAUCGGAGUUGAAAGCGGCCAACAGAUCAACCAAAUGACUAGACGACACACUCCCGUGAGCCCUUGUGUUUCUGUACAUGUACAGGAACCUUGAUUAUGUGGGAGAUGGUGUCAUGCGCUGUUUGGGCUCCGACGCACAUACCAUUGGCUUAACCGGAGCUUCAGCUGGCUGAAGACUCCUCCCCAUACCGUGUCUCAGCUACUGCAUGUCCCAUAACGUGCUGCCGCAUUGAGCCCUGGUGCACUAGUUAAACCAGUUUGUGUACGCUGGCUCUUCCCUACUAAAGGAAGCCUCGUCACUUCUUCCCCCCCCUUGGGUUCCACGUGGAGGAAAAGCACCAACCGUGCAGACUCACGCUGGCACAUAAUAUUGGUCCUCGUCGUGACGCUAGGGAGAAUAUUUCAAUUAGCCUGGGCUGCCUGGCUGUGGUUUCGGGAAGGAAAGUACCACCUGUCCCUGUAUAUGAGAGACCCCAGGGCAGCAUUUUUGGGUUUGCUUAUCUGUCUGUGUACUAGGUUUGUUUUUUUGUCUGUACAUUUGUGACAUCUCUUCUUGCCCUAGUCAGUCCUUUAGAAAGACAUCACCAGACUAUUUUACAUUUUCAGAAUAAUGUUGUAAGGCCUAGAAUCUGUUUGGAGCAGAUACCAUAUUUUUGCUAACAAGAAAUUCACGGGUGAAAUCUUAGUGUGCCACAUACCAUAUUUAGGAGUUUUUAAUGUCCUAGAAUCAUACAGCAGUGACUCUGUAUUAUCUCUAAUGUGACCGGAGAAUUGGUUAGGAUGGCACUAAAUGCUAAUGGUAGGAUGGCAGUAAUCGUCCUGCCUGGGGGGAUAAGACUCUCUUUUUGCCUCUGGGAUUUCAGAAUGACUUCUCACUGCCACUAUCAAGGCACCCUGCAGAUUAUUUAAAUCUGGCACUCAACACAAAAACAAAACUACAACAUUUAUCGCAUUUCAUUUGAAAACUGGUAAAAGAAGAAGGUCUUAGUGACACACAGGGAUAAACAGGUAAUAUACGUAGUUGACCAGUCUUAAAAAGAAGGUGUUUCUGACCUUAGCUGAUUAGGACACUCUCUGUAGAGUGUAAGUACUUUCUUUCCCGUUUACCUCUCUAACAAACACGAGUAAACAACAUAAUUCUUGAAGAGUUCGGGGGAGAAAGAACAAAAGAUGGGUAAAUGGUUUGGAGAAGUUAAAUAAUUUGCCAGGAUUCACAUUGCUACUAAGUACAAUUGGGAAUGGGAUCAAAGAUUUCCUCAUUCAAAUGUACUUUCCUGUCACCUCUUUUUCCCACCAAAAAGGAAGUGAAUUUGAAAGCAGAUUAUGUCUAAUGCAACAGUUGCUUGCAAGGCUGGAAAUAGGCCUAAUUUUCAGGUUUCUUUGUUCUAGAUGCAAGUGGCCAAUAAAUGGGACAGAGAACAGAAUUUUAAUGAAGAAAGGUGCUCCUCACACAGGUAGCUCUUGAGAAUCUGACAUGAAGUAUUAACACAGAAUUGUGUUGACCUCAGGAGGCAGGUCACGAGGAAAAUUCAUAAGUAGUUUAACGUGAAGAAUGGAACAAAUACUUGAUCAGGGGUGUUCAAAUUCCGUGAACAACGUAGACUGGAUUCUGAGGUGAUCCUGUGUAAGGUUCACACACCAAUGUUCUCUUAAAAAAGACAAUUGGAAUUGCCUUACUUAUUUUUUAGAUCAGGGCUUUAAGAGAUGGUAGGUUUCCUAGGUUAGCAGCAGAGUUGGUUAAAUAUUCUGGACGAGCAACUGCCGGCCUAGGGAUUUCUCUUUGUGGGUUUUUUAUUUUUGGUUUUUCUGUGCCCCACACGGGCCUUGAAGUGUCUUUUACUACUGCUCUGUAAGACAGUACAUUUCACCGCGGAGAAUUUGAGGCACAGAACUUUACAAUUCAACGUUUUCUCUAUGACCCCAGUUAUAUUCCCUUUUCCAGCCUAAUCUUCUCUGACUUCUUGCCUAUUUUUAAAAUACGUUCCGGUAAAUGACUGAAAUUAGGACAUCUGCUCAAGCAAUUCCUGUAAAAGUUCUAAGUUGUUGACUUUCAAGAUAGAAUAGAAUAUUCUGGAUAUGUAGAAGUACAAGCAAAGUAAUACAUUAAAACAUUCGCUUUAUAAUGAAAUAAUUUUUAUCAGCUGCAAAAAUUAUUUAUUGGGCGACUAGUAAUUAAAACCCUGUAAUGUUUAUUUGAAGUGAUAAUUUGUACUGCAGUUGUAAAAAAUGCCUAUUAAAUAUUUUGUCUUUUUUUUUUAAUUUGGUUUGUUUCUUUUUGGAUAUGGAAGAAUGUUGGAAUAUCUUCUUCAUGUUGCCUUGUAUUCUGGGUGAAAUGUGAUUACUAGUUAUUCCUCUGAGUUUGGGUUUUGUCUCUUUUAUAAAUGGUGUGAGGUAGGGGGGCCAGUAUCACCUUGCCCAGGGAUAGUUACACUAUACCAUUCAUUAAAUAACAAACUUGCUCUUGCUUCCUUGAAUUAGGUUCCUUAAGGGGUUAUUCAGUUUUAUUGGCACUUUCAAAUAACGUUAGGAUUUAUAUAGCCUUUCUAUUUUAUUUUUUUCUGUUGAUUUUUAAAACAUUUUUCAUUAACUUUAAUUUACAUCUUUUUUGUUUAAUUUUGUUCUUAAUUUCUUAAAAGUAGCACUAGAUUACAUUAUCUUUAGACUUUCUCACUUAACACUAAAGAUAUUUAAAGUUAAUAUAUUUUCCCCUGAUUAUAACUGCACCCCACACAUUUUGGCAUGAAAUAUUCUCCUUUUUGUGACUUUCUAGAUUAAUUUGCUUUUAUCUUCUCUCUCAUCCAAGGGAGACUAAUUUUCCAAUAGUUAAGGGUUUGACAUUUAAAAAUUGUUUACUCCUAUUUUUUUGGAUUAUGACCUAAGAAUAUGGCCUAGAUAAACCUACUUUUUAAAAUUUAUUAAGGUUUGGUCUGUGGUCAAGUGCAGGAUUGAUUUUUGAAGUGUGUUCAUUGAUUUGUGUGUGUGUGAGAGAGAGCGAGCAAGAGAGAGAUUUGAUGUAUCCUCUAUACCCCAAAUGGAACAGGUCUUUUUGUAAGGCAGAACCUGGGGGGGGGGGGGCGCGGGGGGCGGGUAGAGGAUGGGUGCAUAGUUCUCCAAUGCAACGGCUUCCCACCUCCUCCCAUUUUCUUACCAAGAUUCCUUGGGUUUUGUUGAAUUAAUGCUUCUCAGUUUAAGUCUUUGGUCAAUCUCUAGACAUAUUGAAUGAUUGCCUUUACUAAUUUUGACUAGUUUAAUAGAUGCCUCUCUGAGGGAGAGAUUUCCCUCUGCUCCUUAUCCUGCCAUUUCGGACCUUCUGCCCCCCACCCCCCACCCCCGCCCCAGGCAGUCUGUUCUGUGCCACAAGAGAUUACUUGUCAAUCUCUGAGCUGAUACUACGUUGUCUUUUUUUUUUUUUUAAAGACUUUAUUUAUUUAUUUGACAAAGAGGGAACACAAGCAGGGGGAGCUGGAGAGGGAGAAGCAGGCUCCCUGCUGAGCAGGGAGCCCAAUGUGGGGCUCGAUCCCAGGACCCUGAGAUCAUGACCUGAGCCGAAGGCAGCCGCUUAACCACUGAGCCACCCAGGUGCCCCCCCCUUCUUUUUUGACUAAUUUUUAUUAAGUCUUAAUUUUCCUUAACUUUGGUAUCUGGUAAAACAAGCCCUCCUACCUCAUUCUUUUUCUUAAGAGAAUCUUGUCUAGACUCUGAAAUUGCAUAUAAGUUUUAGAAGCAAUUCAUCAAUCCCAUUAAAAAAAUAAAACCUAUUGGAAUUGUUUAUUGGGAAUGUACAGAAUAGAAUAGCCAUCUUUGCAAGAUUCACUCUUCAAUCUAAGACCAUAACGUAUUUCUUCAUUUAAGGAUUUCAUCAUUUCUCGAAGUUUUCAGCAUUAUUUCUAAAUAUAUAUGAAAUCAGAGGGAAUAGUUUGAACCCUCCUAUGUCCAUCACCAAGAUUUAAUAGUAGUUAACAUUUUGCUGUAUUUGCUUUAUAUUUUUCCUUUAAAAUAUUUUAAAGGAAGGAAUUCUGCUCUCAUGACAUUUGGCUUCUAAAUGCUUCUAAUAUGUACCUCUAAAUAACAUUUUUAUAACCUUUAUACCAUAACUAUAUCUAACAAUUCUUU